AUGAGUAUUCACAAGUUAUGCAAGGAUUAUGGAAUUGUUUCCACUAGCCAUGAGGAUAUUACAAGGGAAAUUAUGCAGUUCUAUGAAAAUCUCAUGGGGACUGCUCAGAAGAGUAUGGAAUAUGUGGAUAUAAAAUCCUUGAGGAAAGUUGUGAUUACUGUGAGCUACCAACUCAACAUUAAUGGUAGGGUUAUUAAGAGUAUGCAAGCUAACGAGGGGCUUAGGCAAGGGGAUUCGAUAUCCCUUUUUCUUUUUGUGGUGGUUAUGAAAUAUUUGCAUAGGAAGCUAGAGGAUUUGCAAUGUAUUCCUAACUUUAAUUUUUAUAGCAAGUGUGAGAAUCUAGGGAUUAAUGAUGUUAGCUUUGGUGACGAUGUGUUGUUAUUUUUCUUUGUUCAGCUUAAGUUGGAUAAAGUUGGAGUCUUUUUAAAAUGGUAA